UCAAGCGAACGGGUUCUAUCCGGCCUGUGGCGUCCCCGGAAAGAAUCAGCCCGCCAUUUUUGAGUUCCUCUUCCAUAAUUUCUGUUCCUGUGUUCUUGUAAACAGUUUGACGUCAAACCGAGAACUCUUCAGUACCGUUAGUAUGCUACGGCAAAUUACAAUCGACAAGUUCUGCCAGCCGAGUCCUGGCCCGAAACCAACCACAUCAGUCAGACGGUCGGGGGCGGGAGGCGAAGCAACCCCAACCCCAGGUUCACGACCGCCAUUAUCACGGCGCAGAUUGAGUCUGCCAAGUACAAGUACACCAACCGGGACCGACAACCCCGGCUCCACAGGUGUCAGUACACCAGCGGAGACCAGCGAUGUACGCCCAACAGCAGCGCCUUCGCCGUCCGAGAGCUCCACAACCCCUUCACCGCAUGCUGGGACCGACCCCUCCCCAACAGUGGCCGCCCCAUCGAUGGCGACGGCUUCCAACCUUCGGGCAGGGUCGCGAUCAGCCCCGAAGAGCAAACGCCGCCAGCCCGGGUCACCGAGAGGGCUGGGCUCGCCUACACCACGGCGGAAACAGAAACGUGAAAAUUCAGCUGAAAAUGACGACACUUUGCAGGAAAUAACAAACCUGAUGCCUGAGGGACAACAGAGCACAGUGGACGUGGGAGCUAACUGUCCCCCUGGUUCAAGCACACCUGCUGAUGCCGGUACAGGUUCCGCACACCCAACAACUGACCAAUCAGAGGCUUUGCCAGCCACCGGGGUCACCACUGGGUCAGCGUCGCCUGCACGAUCCUGUGGACUGGAAAAUGACGAGAGUUUGCAGGAAAUAACAAACAAAAGCAAACAAAAUGACCGAUCAGCCGAGGUAACUGGGGAAGAGGGACAGCAAAGUGCAGUGGACGUGGGAGCUAACUGUCCCCCUGGUUCAAGCACACCUGCUGAUGCCGGUACAGGUUCCGCACACCCAACAACUGACCAACCAGAGGCUUCGCCAUCCACCGGGGUCACCACUGGGUCACCGUCACCUGCACGAUCCUGUGGACUGGAAAAUGACGAGAGUUUGCAGGUAACAAGUAAGAAGAAAUGCAAAAAAGAGUUCCCUGGUGAGAAGGAAAAAGAAAUCGCAGCAGAGGUCAUGUUCCGGGUGAAGGUCGAUGAGACGGGGCUUACUGAUGUCUUUGAAAUAAGAGCCCCAGCAAAUCAGCCCAUCCUGCAUGCUCUGCAAGCCGACACAAGACUGGAGAAAGUCAAGAAGAGGCUUUCUAAGAUAUACCUGCAUCCAUGUGGUAACAACAACCCGAUCAGGGGGGUACCCAACAUAGGCAGCCCCUGCAGGGUGAUAGAAGGUGGCACCUUUCAGGCAGGGUUUCAUGGAAAAGUUCAAAUCUGUAACAUGUACAGUGAUGAUGAACUUAAGUCUAGUGAAAGAUUUAAGGUAUACCUAGAUGUUGUUAGAAAUCGAAAAAAUAAAAUGAGUUUGCUUACAAAGGAAAAUUGGAACACAUUCUAUUUGCCAAUUUUGGUUGAUUGCCUUCCCAAUGACACGCUUCUAUCAGCUCUCCUCAGAGAUGCGAGGAUUGACAGUGAUAGGGUGAAGUGUACUAAACUUUUUUACACAGGUACAGGUAGCACUGGGCAGGUUAACAUAAGUCUUAAAGACAAGCCGUCCUCUCACGAUGACAAGACUUUCACUUAUCAGGUGCUCCCCAAAAAAAAACCCAAAACCCCACAAGUCAGUGAUGAAGACUGGGAGAAAGCGUGUGCAGACAGUGCAGUAGAAAGUCACAGUCCCCAGGCUACGCCCAGCAUCCCUGAUGUGGCUUUGUCAGGUGCUAAGGUGGGCAAUGGAACCCCAGAUCCACAGGACAUAGCCGACAUGGGCAGUGGGGGUCCACAUAGAGAUUGGGUAACCCUAAUGGCAAGGAUAAUCAUUCCUAGGAGCAAGAGGCAAGUUGCUGAGCUCUUAGAGUUGGACUUAGAGGAGAAAGAUUCACCUACGUCAGAAGAGAAUCGUACGAAUGAAUUGGAUAAGUUUGUGAAAAAAAAAAGGCGUGAUUUUUGCAGUGCCAAUCCGGGGAUCCGUAUCUCAUUGAUGGAGAAGUGUUGUGAGUUGGGACGUUCCGUUGGGGUUCUUAAGAAAAAUGACCAUCGUUACGGUACCUGCUUCUUACUUUGCUACAACUUUGCACUGACCAAUAAGCAUGUCAUAGAAGAAAUGGCAAAAGUGGGGGGUGACAGCUAUGUUGAAUUCAGCUAUAAAUUUUUGCAAGACCCUGACUUGUUUGAAUUUAAAGUGAAACGUGUUGUGUGUACCAGUAACGGUAAUGACUUGGACUAUAGUCUUCUGGAGCUGGACGUUCCAGAUGACCAGUCUGACAGGCUGCCCCCAGGGCUGGGGCAUCUAAUAGCUUCAUCCAGCAAGGCAAAACUAGUGACAAUCAUUGGACACCCAGGCGGUAGGCCCCAAGAAGCAAACAUUUGCUGUCCCAUAGUAGAUCCGGAUCAUAAAAAUAUUAAAACAAUUGCGGUUUAUUUGAAGUUCAAUCCCGAGCCCACAGGGGGAGCAAAUUACGGCAUGGUGGACGACCCUGGAAGAGUCACCUAUAGGUCAGUGUUUGGUCCAGGUUCCUCCGGGUCACCAGGGUUUGAUGAGGAGGGGAAACUCAUAGUUAUGCACACUUGUGGCUACCCACUGUAUAAAGGGUCCUCAAGUUUGGUAGAGCAAGGUGUCAAAAUGACAGCCAUAAGGGACGACCUAGAACAGAGAGAUGAUCAUGAUCUGUCAGCAGAGUUGUUCCCAACAGAGAGUAUGGAAACUGAUUGAGGAAAUUGAUGAUUUUUUUUAAAAUGUUGUAAUUUGUAUGUUACAUAUCUUAUGUAAUAUUUCAAGUCUGUGUUUGAUACAAGCUUUGCUCAGUAGCAGGAAAGAAAAUGAAAUAAAUUGCUGAUGUCAGGUGGGGUGGGGAAUUCAAUUGGUAGGAGAAAUGGAAAUUGCCAGGAGUGAUCUUGGAAAGCCAGACUUCGGGCACAUGUUGUCAUGGUUACAGCAUGAUGGUCACUCCCAGGUAUUCCAUGGGCCUAUUAGUAAGUUUUGUGGCCAGCUGGUCCAUUUUAUUCCACUGCAGAUAGCGCAGAAUAUAAGGUGCUAAGGACAGUAAUAUUGAAGUAAUAAACCAUUCCGGGCCUAAAUGGGGUAGGGAAUUUGAUAUCCCCUGCUUCCCCUAUAGAGUCAGUUCAUGCUAGCCUAAGCUUGUAGCUGGCUUAGGGAGAUGUGCGUUAGUUCAGUGCCCCAAAGUGGUCCAUGUAGCCUUGCACUGAGCAAACUUGUUCUAAAUAAAGUUCCAACACUUUUGUCAUUUGGAUGGUAAAAUAAAGCCAUCAUUGACGAAUAUGGGAGCUCUUGUGGUGUAUCGUUGGGAAAGCAACCAAUCGGAAGUGGAUUGCUGUACACAUCACUAGAGAGUACCAGAAUUCAUUCCUUUAAAACGUUGCAGGGAUUUCAAACCAUUCUAGUAACAGUGCAGACAGUACAUAUAUACUAGAUCCUGAUAGACAACAGCUAUUAUUGUGUUGAUACUGUAGAUUAAUUCUAUUGUGUAACUGUUGUCUUUUAUCCUCGCUUUGAUAUUUUAGAACAGCUGUAGAUAUUAGAGCAGAUAUCACAUCGACAUGUACACUUGUCUGGUCCUUGCAUGAACAUAUGCAUGAAUAUGUGGUACUCACACCCCCCCCCCCCCUCCUGAGGUAUAGUUGUAGAAAACAAAGAAAAGGGCACAGAGGUUGUAUUUUUUGUUGUUCUAGUCAUAAAAUCUUCACAAAACAAUUUGAUACAAACUUAAGGUAAAGACAGUGGAAAUGAAGAUUGAAACAAAACUGGGAGCUUAGAAUUUAGAUAUUGCUGUCAAUUACGUGUCUUUUCUCUCCCCUUUUAGUAUGGUAAAAGUACAAAACAUUCCCUACAAAAGUAUGUGCCUUCCUAUGACUUUUACUCUGAACAUCUCUAAGAUAUCUUCCUCUGCAUGUAUGGAGAAAAAUGAUCUUAAAGUUUAGAUUUGCAAUAUUUUAGAGGAUAAAGUACAAGAGAAGCAAUGCAAAGUGCAAUUAUCUUAGGCCAUAGUUGUAACACAUUAUAGAAAUGUUGUAAAAGCUUUAUUGCAGACAUUGUUUACAUAUACAAGACACUGUCAAUGAAGGAAUGCAAUAUGAAAUAUUUUGUUGCUCAAAAAGACCAACUGCAAUUUUGUAGGAAACUUACAAAACAUGUAUUGUAACUUACAAAAUGAUGGCAAGCCAAAAGUAUACAGACUUGGUAUGAUGCCAAAUAAAUCCAUGAUACGUGGUUCCUAACAGUACAGAAUAUAUUCUCAAGUAAUGACUGCUGUAAGUUCAGGAUAGACCGAUAGAGUAAAUUAAAAAGAUGUGGUUUCAGACAGUACAGAAAACAGUUGUAAGUUUAGAAUAGAGUAAAUAA